AUGGAAACAACAGGAAAAGAUUCUAUUUCAAGCAACAGUCUUGAUUAUAAACCGUUUGUUCAAAGUACCGAUGAACAACCUGUUGAAUUAAAAUCUACCGAUGUUUCAUUUAUUGGGAAACUUCCUUUCCCACCAAAAAUCAGUACAACGGAUCUAAUAGUUCAUAAGAAGAAUGGGGAUAUGCCUUCAAGAUCUCCUAAUGCCUUUAUGAUUUAUCGCAAAGCGUAUGUAGAUGAGCUUCAUCGUCAAGGUCACUACCUACCGAUGACAACGGCUUCUUCGAUGGCCUCAGCGAGCUGGAAAGUCGAAUGCGAAGAGGAAUAUAGACGUCUUGCAAAUGAAGCGAAAAGCCGGCAUCUUAAAUUAUAUUCCAAUAAGAUCCCACGUAGAAAACGUCAACCUCGUAAUAAAACUCAAAACCGAGUAGUUAAACAAGUUCAAGUUCCUCCGACAACUUGGCUGCAGGUCAUUCCACAAUAUCAACAUUCGGAACAUGACUCUUCAUCCGUUGCCACAUCUGUUAGUACACCUCUUUCAGAUUCAAGUUCGAUUAUAUUAGAAGACUUAUCAAACACACAAGAUAUCGUUUAUAAUAACAUGGCAUCUAUUAAUAUUUCACCGAGUAUUUAUACACCGACGUAUGAAUUUAACGAAUUCAGUCUAGAUGGUUCCUUACCAUCUGAAUUUCAAUUAGUCGAUCAAGAUAAUAAUUACUAUGAUUACAACUACUUUCAAAGUAAUGCUAAUCUUUUUUAUGGUCAACUUAUGUCUGAUCUACAAUAUCAAUUUUAUGAUCAAACCUGCGAAAAUUCUCAACCUUUGGUCUAUGAUGAUACGAUACAUUACCACCCUUAUUCGUAUUUCUCUUAA